AUGUAUCCAUCUGUAUGUGUUGGUGCCGAUAAUAUCGAUGUUACAGAUGGUAUUAAUGAUACGGAUGGUAUCGACGUUGCAGAUGGUAUAAGAGAUUCAAUUUCGGGUGUAAUAUUAUAUGAAGAAUUAUCAGUAUCGGGUGUAAUAUUAUAUGAAGAAUUAUCAGUAUCGGGUGUAAUAUUAUAUGAAGAAUUAUCAGUAUCGGGUGUAAUAUUAUAUGAAGAAUUAUCAGUAUCGGGUGUAAUAUUAUAUGAAGAAUUAUCAGUAUCGGGUGUAAUAUUAUAUGAAGAAUUAUCAGUAUCGGGUGUAAUAUUAUAUGAAGAAUUAUCAGUAUCGG